ACAAUGACAAAAAAAAAACACUACAAAGUACGAAGGGUACGAAGACCCCAAAAUUUCAAACACGAGAGUUCAUUGUCCCAUAUUUGUUGAUUUUACAUAAUUAAAUUAUUUAGUGACCAAAUGGCAUUAACAGUGUAUCAUUUUCCUCCAAGUGCACCUUCGAGAGGGGCCCUUUUAAGUGCCAAAGCCGUUGGGGUGAAAGUUGAUGUCCAAGUUGUUGAUUUGUUUGCAAAAGAACAACUAAAACCUGACUUCGUCAAGAUUAAUCCACAACAUACAGUGCCUACUUUAGUAGAUGGAGAUUUUACAGUGUGGGACAGCCACGCAAUUGGACCUUAUCUCGUUAAAACCCAUGGAAAAGAUGAUAGUCUAUAUCCCUCAGACCCUAAACAAAAGGCACUAGUUGACCAGCGGUUAUAUUUUGACUGUGGAACCUUAUAUCCACGGAUUCGUCAAAUUUGUUUCCCAGUCCUGUUCUUGGGUGAAGAUGAAAUUCUAGACGAACAUAAAACCUCACUUGAUGAAGCUCUGGGAUUCCUUGAUAUUUUUCUUGAAGGGAAUAAUUUUGUAGUAGGCGAUAACCUUACAGUGGCAGAUUGUUCUUUAGUUGCAUCAGUUUCUAGUAUUGUUGCUGUUGGUUGGGAUGUUACACCAUACGCAAAUGUGGCUUCCUGGCUCGCUCGCUGUGCCUUAACAAUCCCAGACUAUGGCGAGGCUAAUCAGGCAGGAGCUGAACAGUUUGGCAAAGCCGUUAAAAGCAAAUUAGCGCGGGGACAAAUAUAGUAUUUUGAUAAAUAAAUUUGAUUUUUAACAUU